ACUCGACGCAAUGCAAGAAACAAUCGGUGACAGAGUGGUCAAGGACCUCAAGAACUUCACUGCAAGUUACAACCGACAGAUCGCGAAACGUGAUGAGCUGACUGUUCUCAUCAAUGCACUCACGGUACGUUGUUCUCCACUCCUCUCCCCGACUCCUACACCAUUCUUCUCCUCUCGGUCUUCUACACCAUUCCGCCAAGAGUACCCAAAUCGCGGUAUUGCAGACGCAGCUCGACGCAGCGAUCAACGCCCUCACAGCCGAGCAAGACCGACACAUCGCGACAACCCAGGCAUCUCAAGUCAAGGAUCAACUUCUCCUUCGAGAGCGAAUUGCACUGGGACCUGUUGGGCGCAGCAACAGUAUCAGUGGUCUGCUUGUGACGGAUGCUCUCACUCGUCCUCGUGUCACUGAAGACUCGGUCACCGACGAUCAGACUGAUCAUGCCACCACUACUCAAGACCCUGCCGUCGAGCGCACAGCACGAGGAGAUCCUCGUGCCGGCGACAAGAGGCCUCAAGACUCUCGAGAAUCUCGAUUGUCUUCUCCCGAACAAUCACGCUCUGCCUCGCGCACCAUCUUUGACCACGCCACGACGGAGAACGACGCUGUCACUACUUCUGGUUACGUCUCACCUAAUGACCCAUCACUACGAAAGGGUUACGUGGUCAUCAAAGUCAGCACAUAUGCUCUCUUGCAUGCUUCAAUCGUCCAAGACCUCUCUGAAAGACGAGAUCAACAUGGAGUCCGAGUUUGAAUGGCCGGGGAAUGUUAGACCAGCUAUGCACGCGGCGUGGUCGUUCAAGAUGAACAUGCAUGCUUGCGCUAGACGUGAAACCGGUUUAGAAGGCCAGAUUGGCGAACAAUGAGAAUCCCAGCAAAGUGACAUGUCCAAGAUGCUACGACAAGCAACAUGGAACGUCGUCCCGGUCCAUUGACGGAAUGGACAUGGGUCGAGCAGACUUCAACACGCCAUGCCAGGCGUGUCCGCAGCCAGAGCGGCCGGGUGUUGAAUAUCUCGU